AGCCUCCUGACCACGUCCUCCUUUCCUCUCGACCCCUGCUGCAGCACACAGCAGCGCUCGGCUUGUCGCUCUCCGGGCGCGUGCCCUCAGCCCAGCCCGCGUCCUCGUCACCAGCAGCGGCACCUCGCUGCGCCUCACCACCUUGGCGUGCCCAGCAUGCCCGGCGUCCAGUGUCCGCAGUGCGGCAGCUCGAACACCGAGCACUACGACAAUGCCGUCACCUGCGCCGACUGCGGCUGCGUGCUCGAGGAGUCGCAGAUCGUCUCGGACAUCACCUUUGGCGAGACGGGCAGCGGCGGCGCCGUCGUGCAGGGCAGCUACGUGGCCAACGACUCGCGCGGUGCGAGAACGCAAGGGCCUGGCGGCUUCCGCUCGGGCGGCACAGGAGAGUCCCGCGCCAUGACCAUUGCCAACGCACAACGAGGCAUCCGUGCUCUGGCUACGGCCAAGUCUGUGCCCUCCAUCGUCGCCGACAUCGGCACGCGGCUGUUCCAGCUGGCCAUCGGCGGCGGCACCAUCAAGGACGACGGCGAGCAGCCGGCCAACUUUGUCCUCGGCCGCCGCAGCGAGUACUCGCAGGCGGCGUGCCUGUACCUGGCGUGCCGUAUGCAGAAGACGAACCACAUGCUCAUCGACUUCGCCGACGCGCUGCAAAUCAACGUCUUCAUCCUCGGCCGCUCGUAUCUACGCCUGGUGCGCUGUCUCGGCUUCCAGAAGAAGGUGCCGGUGAUGGAUCCCUGCAUCUACAUCUCGCGCUUCGCCUCGAUGCUCGACUUCGGAGACGCCACGAGCAAGGUGGCUGCCGAUGCGACACGCCUGGUCAAGCGCUUCAAGAAGGACUGGCUGAUCGAGGGCCGUCGGCCAGCCGGCAUCUGUGGCGCGUGCUUGCUGCUCGCUGCCCGCAUGAACCACUUCCGUCGCUCCAUCACCGAGAUCGUGCAGGUCGUCAAGAUCGCCGACCAGACGCUGCGCACGCGUCUGCAGGAGUUCGCGCGCACGCCGACGGCCAACCUGAGCGUCGAGGACUUCAGCACCAUCUGGCUCGAGGAGGAGACGGAGCCGCCGGCCUUCGUGCGCUCCAAGCUGCCGAAGAAGACGGCGCGUCUCAAGGGGCGCAAGCGUGCCAAGAUGGAGUAUGCGGAUGACGAUGAUGACCUCGACGCCGUGAACGCAGAAGACGCUCUCGAUGAUCCGACCACCGACGAGGAAGACUCCGACGCGGAGGAGGACAGCGCCGCCGGAUCGCCGAACGGCAAGGGCAAAGGAAAGGCCGUCGCGAAGGAGCAGAGCCCGCCGCCGAGGCUCGAUCCUGCCAUCGAUGCGCUGGCAGACACGGCGACUGAGAACGAGAUCAUGCGCCAUCUCGACGAGGACGUGGCGCGCGAGCUCGACGGCGAGCUGAAUCGCGAGGAGGAGGCUCGGCAGGCACGUGCGCGUGCUGGUGAUGUCGGACGCGCUUCGCCUGAGCCACCGGCGGACAACGAGGCGGGGCCGAGUCGCAUCAAGCAGAGCGAGUCGCAGAUGCAACAAGAACGUCACUCUGUUGCUCGCGACGGUGCUCCGACUCGGGACGAGGGCGCGCGCGUGUACAAGCGCGGCCCCAGUGUGCCUGCAGUCGACGAGUUGGCGGGCCUCGACGAGGCGGAGCUGGACAACUUCAUCCUCACGCCGGAGGAGGCACGCAUCAAGGAGCGCGUCUGGAUGGAGUUCAACAAGGACUACCUCGAGCUCAGCCUGGAGCGCCAGCUCAAGAUGGAGGCCGACAUCAAGAUGGGCAUCCAGCCAAAGCGUGCUCCGAACCGCAAGCGCAAGGCGCCGCGCGACUCGUCGACGGCCGCCGUCUCGGCUGCCGAGUCGACGAAGCAGAUGAUGAAGAAGAAGCAGUUCAGUCGCAAGAUCAACUACGACGCGCUGGGCGACAUCUUCAAGAACGAGGAGGAGAUCAAGCAGGCGACGGGCAGCCGACGCAGUCGCAAGCGCGGCCAUGCAGACGAGGCCAGCGACGGCGAGGACCUCGGCGGCGUGCGCGGCUACUUCCAGUCCGAUGCCGACGAGAGCGAGAUGGAAGUCGUGGAAGAGGCCGAGGGCCAGCUGCCGUCGAGCCACCCGUCGCGGCGACAGGAGAGCCGGGCGAUGCGCAAGCACAAGGCCUCAAAGGCUCGCUCGCAGUCGCGCGGCAGCGCCACGGGCGACGCCAUGAGCAGCGCCGGCGAGGAGGCCCUCUCGACGCGCACAUCGCCCGGCCCCGAGGCAGACGCAGACGACCCGCUCGCUGAGAUGCGCCGCAUGCGUGGCGCUCAGGCGGAGGAUGACGGCGACGACGGAUACCAGGACGCUGGCUACUGAUGAGCUCGACGAUGAGCGCUCCCCUUCUCCUCUCCUCUUUCCCUCUCUCUUCUCGUGUCACCGUCUCACCGCCCUCGUCCUGUAUCUCUACGCCACCCGCUAAUCUCGAGCCGACGUCUCUCAGCUUGGCCGAAAGCUUCUCAAUGA